UCAAUUGAUCUAAUGCAGUUUCUGAAGGCUUUCUGUACAGGUGAUGUCAUCCUUUUAGCUCUAUUCUCCUCCCACUCUCUUUCCUCCUUAUUAGAUAUUUCAUCUUACUGCAGAGCAUAGAAUCAAUAGGAGCUUCUCCUUAGGGAGCUUCUGUGAAAAGACAAGGACAGUAGGAAUUAAGACACUGACAUAUCGUCUUGCUUUAACAGAAGAUGUAGUGUUUUUGUACCGGAUCAUACAUAAAUUUUUAACUAGAAGAGCCAGACUUAGAUCAACAGUGCUCUUUUCAUGAUGCAUUAGAACAAGAAGCAGUACUGCAGAGCUGUAAACAGUGUGCCUGUGAAGAGAAGAUUAUUUGAAUUUUGGAGGUGUUCAGGCAUUCGACAGGACAAACCUGUUAGAGCAUGGAUCUUCUAAGUACCAUUUGCACAACGGUUUGAGAUUUGGAAAAAAAAAAAAAACCUCUGAUUAAGAAGAUGAUGAAGAUACUUUCAUCUUCAGGAUACAGUGUUAUGAUUUGCUUCUGAUGCAGAAGGAUCAUUGCAGUGCUUGUUCCACAGAAUGAAAUAAAUUGAAGAGGAGACAAAGCUGUAUUACAGCGAGAGGAGCUUUCACGGAGUCCAAGCACAUAGAUUGGAGCAUGUUGCCGUAUUUGCUUUGAUUGAUGGAGUAUUAACUCUUGUGCUACCACUGUGCAUAUCUGUGCCAGGAACCUGAGGACACAUUUACUGUCCAUGUGUUCUAAGCCAGGAAUGUAAACAUUUUAAUUUACUGUGACUUCCUUGUUGAAGUCAACAUUUUAAUGAGGAUUAUCGUUUGUUUUGAACAAUUUGUUAAGCUACUGAAGGUCCGGAUUGUAGUUUUAAAAAGGAUUUCAUAAAGCUGUCUCUAUGUAACAGUGCAAUGGUGGAUGAUCUGUAAAAAGGAACUUGGCAGAAUUUUGUUAAUAUACUGGUUUGUGUGACUCCGAUUUGAAAAGGAAACUACCCUUUCCAGCCUAGGAAAUGGCUUUUCUUGUUCGCUGUUAUGCCAAUUGUCUUCAACCAUGGGCCUCCAAACUUCCAGCUGAUCUUACCAAGAUGCAUCUCACUGACAGCCCUCAUCCCCAGGUGACUCCUGUGUCUUCUAGUCAGUCUGGUUGUAGCAUUGCCAGUGACUCUGGAAGCAGCAGUUUAUCUGAUAUCUAUCAGGCUACAGAAAGUGAGGUAGGAGAUGUAGAUUUAACACGUCUUCCAGAAGGACCUGUUGAUUCUGAGGAUGAAGAAGAGGAAGAUGAAGAGAUUGACCGCACAGAUCCACUACAUGGGCGAGAUGUUGUUCGAGAAUGUCUUGAAAAAGAGCCUGCAGACAAAACCGAUGACGACAUUGAGCAGUUACUAGAGUUCAUGCACCAGCUCCCUGCCUUUGCAAACAUGACCAUGUCUGUGAGGAGAGAGCUCUGUUCAGUGAUGAUUUUCGAAGUGGUAGAGCAGGCUGGAGCUGUUAUUCUUGAAGAUGGCCAAGAGCUUGACUCGUGGUAUGUUAUUUUAAACGGCACUGUAGAAAUCACUCAUCCAGAUGGAAAGGUUGAAAAUCUCUUUCUGGGAAAUAGUUUUGGAGUUACUCCAACUCUGGAUAAACAGUACAUGCACGGAAUUGUGAGGACUAAAGUAGAUGAUUGCCAGUUUGUCUGCAUAGCCCAGCAGGAUUAUUGGAGAAUUCUAAAUCAUGUGGAAAAAAAUACCCAUAAAGUGGAAGAAGAGGGAGAAAUUGUCAUGGUUCAUGAGCACCGGGAGCUGGACCGGAGUGGGACCAGGAAAGGACACAUCGUCAUCAAGGCAACGCCCGAGCGUCUCAUCAUGCAUUUAAUAGAAGAACAUUCCAUUGUGGACCCAACGUAUAUAGAAGAUUUCUUAUUAACAUAUAGGACGUUUCUUGAAAGCCCUUUGGAUGUUGGAAUCAAACUGUUGGAAUGGUUUAAGAUUGACAGCUUGAGGGAUAAGGUGACACGGAUUGUAUUAUUGUGGGUAAAUAAUCAUUUUAAUGAUUUUGAAGGUGAUCCAGCUAUGACUCAUUUUCUAGAGGAGUUUGAAAAACAUCUAGAAGAUACGAAAAUGAAUGGUCAUCUGCGGUUAUUGAAUAUUGCUUGUGCAGCGAAGGCAAAGUGGAGACAAGUUGUGUUGCAGAAGGCUUCCCGCGAGUCCCCUCUGCAUUUUACCCUUAGUGGAGGAAGUGAGAAAGGAUUUGGUGUUUUUGUUGAAGAGGUAGAACCAGGUAGCAAAGCUGCCGAUGCGGGAUUGAAACGUGGUGAUCAAAUAAUGGAAGUAAAUGGACAGAACUUCGAGAAUAUCACGUUUGUGAAGGCCCUUGAAAUUUUGAGGAAUAAUACACAUCUUGCACUUACUGUAAAGACCAACAUUUUUGUGUUCAAAGAGCUACUCAGCAGGGCUGAGCAGGAGAAGUCCGGGAUUCCUCAUAUUCCCAAAAUCGCUGAAAAAAAAAGUAAUCGUCAUUCCAUCCAGGAUGUGCCAGGGGAUAUUGACCAAACAUCACAGGAGAAAGCAAAUAAGAAGGUCAAAGCAAAUACUGUUUCAGGAGGAAGAAACAAAAUCAGGAAAAUUUUGGAUAAAACACGAUUUAGUAUCUUGCCUCCAAAACUGUUCAGUGAUGGAGGCCUGAGCCAGUCACAGGAUGACAGCAUUGUGGGAACAAGGCACUGCAGGCACAGUCUGGCCAUCAUGCCCAUUCCUGGGACCCUCUCCUCCAGCAGUCCUGACCUCCUGCAGCCCACCACGAGCAUGCUGGAUUUUUCCAACCCUUCAGAUAUUCCUGAUCAAGUUAUAAGAGUAUUCAAAGCAGACCAGCAGAGUUGCUACAUUAUCAUCAGUAAAGAUACUACAGCGAAAGAAGUGGUUUGUCAUGCUGUGCAUGAAUUUGGCUUGACUGGCGCAUCUGACACUUACUCCCUGUGUGAAGUUUCUGUUACACCUGAGGGAGUCAUAAAGCAGAGAAGACUUCCAGACCAAUUCUCCAAGUUAGCUGACAGAAUUCAACUGAAUGGAAGGUACUAUUUAAAAAAUAACAUGGAAACAGAAACCCUGUGUUCAGAUGAAGAUGCUCAGGAACUGGUAAAGGAGAGUCAGCUCUCCAUGCUGCAGCUCAGUACCAUUGAGGUUGCCACCCAGCUGUCAAUGAGGGACUUUGAUUUGUUCCGGAACAUUGAGCCUACUGAGUACAUUGAUGAUCUUUUUAAGUUAGAUUCCAAAAUAGGGAAUACUCACUUGAAAGCAUUCGAAGACAUUGUGAACCAAGAAACAUUCUGGGUUGCCUCAGAGAUUUUAACUGAAUCAAAUCAGCUCAAGCGAAUGAAAAUUAUUAAGCAUUUUAUUAAAAUUGCACUUCAUUGUCGGGAGUGUAAAAACUUCAAUUCCAUGUUUGCAAUAAUAAGCGGCUUGAACUUGGCACCUGUAGCACGACUCAGAGGAACUUGGGAAAAGUUACCAAGCAAAUAUGAGAAGCAUCUCCAGGAUCUGCAAGACCUUUUUGAUCCAUCCAGAAACAUGGCAAAAUACAGAAAUAUCCUUAGUAGUCAGAGCAUGCAGCCUCCAAUAAUUCCACUUUUUCCUGUUGUCAAGAAAGAUAUGACGUUUCUACAUGAAGGAAAUGACUCCAAAGUAGAUGGUUUAGUAAACUUUGAAAAACUCAGAAUGAUCGCCAAGGAAAUUCGUCAAGUUAUGCGAAUGACGUCUGCUAAUAUGGACCCGGCUAUGAUGUUUAGACAGAGGUCACUGAGUCAAGGCAGCACAAAUUCAAACAUGCUGGAUAUUCAGGGAAGCGGGCACAAGAAACGAGCACGCCGUAGCUCUCUGCUUAAUGCCAAAAAGCUGUAUGAGGAUGCCCAGAUGGCACGGAAAGUCAAGCAGUAUCUUUCUGGUCUGGAUGUAGAGACAGAUGAGGAGAAGUUCCAGAUGAUGUCCUUGCAGUGGGAGCCUGCGUAUGGUACCUUGACCAAGAAUUUAAGCGAGAAAAGAUCUGCCAAAUCAUCUGAAAUGUCUCCGGGACCUAUGAGGUCAGCUGGCCAGCCAGCUAAAGUGCACUUGCCUCAGCCCCACAGAGCCAGCCAGGUGCUUCAGGUGCCGGCUGUUAACUUGCAUCCCAUCAGGAAGAAGGGACAAACAAAAGACUCCAUGUUGAGUACAAGUUUACCUCAGAAAGUUCUAGGAGUAGCUGAUGAAGCAAGUAGUAGGAAACACCCAGAAGACACGCUGUCUGUGGCCUCAUCCCUACACUCCAGUCCCCCUGCAUCUCCCCAAGGCUCGCCCCGCAAAGGUUACACACUCACUCCAUCAGCUAAAUCUGACAACUUAUCUGACUCCAGCCAUAGUGAGAUUUCUUCACGGUCCAGCAUUGUGAGCAAUUGUUCUGUUGACUCCGUGUCUGCAGCUCUACAGGAUGAACGGUGUUCUUCCCAGGCCCUGGCAGUUCCUGAAUCCACCAGAGCUUUGGAAAAAACAGAGCACCCCUCAGGAAUGGGAGACCAUGGUCAGCUUGGUCCUGGGGGACCACUCCCGAAGCCAUCUCUAAUCAAGGCUCUGGCCGUCUCGGCUUCCGUGAGCAGUGAAGAGAUUUCUCACGAGCAUAUCAUCAUAGAAGCAGCUGACAGUGGUCGAGGCAGUUGGACUUCCUGCUCCUCCAGCUCACAUGACAACUUCCAAAGCCUUCCCAACCCCAAAAGCUGGGAUUUUUUGAACUCUUACCGCCAUACCCAUUUGGAUGACCCUAUUGCUGAAGUUGAAUCUACUGAGUGCGAGUCAUUUUCCUGUCCUAAAAGUUGCUCUAGAACUUGUGAUCCUUGUAAAGGAAGCCUCGAGAGUAAUCAUUCGAGACAGAGCUGGGCCUCCUCCAGCUCUCUGUCUGACACAUUUGAGCCAAACUAUGGGACGGUUAAACGGAGAGUGAUAGAAAGUGCCCCCACUGAGUCGUCUGAAGGCAUGGACCCCAAGGAUGCCACAGACCCACUUUAUAAAACUGUCACUUCAAGUACAGAAAAGGGCUUAAUCGUGUACUGUGUCACUUCACCCAAGAAGGACAGUAGGUAUAGGGAGCCACCUCCAACUCCUCCAGGCUAUAUGGGAAUUUCUUUAGCCGACCUAAAAGAAGGACCCCACCCACACCUAAAGCCUCCAGACUAUAAUGUGGCCGUGCGGCGGUCCAAGAUGAUGCAGAGCGGCCUCUCUCGACCGCCGCCAGCACCUGUCGCUGGCCGCACUGGGGUCUGUAUCCCGGCGAAGACUGUAGCCCAGCCCCAGAGGCAGCAGCCGCAGCCGCCCCCUGCUACCGUAGCAGACUUGACUGAUGCAGAUAGCGAAGCCGACGAAAAUGAACAAGUGUCAGCAGUGUAGCCUUCGGAUGGCUCCAUUGAAGAGCACUGAAAGUCACGGCAGAGGGCUGGCACCUCCUCAUCCCGUGCCCGGGCCGCUGCCAGCCAACAGCUUGAUGCUGCUUCCAGCCCACGCAAAGGUGCACUCCUUGCGCUCCAAGCAGUGAGACAGACCUCAGUCACCUUCCCUUUCCUGUAGUCCCUGUAGACAGUUUCCUCCACCUGGAUGCUGGACCUGGAGACGUUGUGUGCCAGAACUGCCUUGGGACCACAGUUACAGAACAAGUUGGAACUUGGUCAUCCUCGUGUGUAUCACUGUGGAUUUUCCUUUAACAAGUGAUUUUAAAAGCAGUGGUAUUAUUUUUUCCAAGCCAUAGCUUGGGCUAAAGAACAAAUUCAGAAUGUCUGCCAAUGCCAAGGAUGUUCUUAUGUAUUUGAAGAGUAACUUAUUAUUUAAAGUGUUGUGUUUUUGUUUGUAUUUGGGAGCUCUUGCUAGUUGAUGUGUGUGUUUGAGGCCAUAAACCUGUGUCUGCACUGAGCCAGGGAAGUCGCCUGUGGAGGUUUGACAUGCUUGGUUGGCAUAGAGACACAGCCCACCCUGCAGCACCCGUGCUGGCAGGGUCCCGGGUGAGGCCAAAUAGGAAGCCUUUUGUCAUUGAGGGGUCAAGAAGCCUGCUGGUCACGGUGUAGGGACCAAGUGCAGCUGCUGUUGGGUUUGCUGUCAGUCCCGUGGGACAGGGGCGGUGGUAUACAGUAGGCAGGAACCCUAAUUUCCAGAAAACAACUUUUGAUAUUUAAUGGCAUGUGUAGAAAUCAUGCUGUGUAUAAAAUUAGAAGUGCAAAAAUGAACAUCCAGUUACUAGAGAACUGUCCAGAAAAGCUGAACUAAAAUUUCUCUCAGUUCACAUAGGGAGUUCUUUUUCUUUUUAAAGGAAGUAUAAUCUGUAAAUUACUUUAGGCUCGCAGUAUCUGUUGUGCUGCUCAAGUCCCACCCUGGGGGGAGCGCCGCACCAUGUCCAGCCUGGGGAGGGCCUGUGCCUCUGCA